CCCUAAUCGAAUUUGUUCUCAGAUUAUCAUUGUUUUUAAUCCCAAGAAAUUACCAACUGGAGGUUUGCUCUCGAUUAAUCGUUUCGCCGCUGUCGCAUCGCAAGCCUAUCGAAGAUCUCUACAUUCAUCAAUUCAGAUAACCCUCCGUGUUUGGUCCAUCAUACAGCUCGCGCGCAAGUCGAGACCCCAGCUUUUACCAUCCGGAUCCAAUAUUCAGUCUUGCGCGUGCUGUCGACCAGGAGGAAUUUCGUCUUUAUCAUCUCGCACGGCCAACCUACUUGGUCACUUCUUCAACUCGUGAUAAGGUCCUCUCCGAUUCCUGGGACACGUUGUACCUCGGAGUUCUGUCUCGUCGAUCAAUUACUGCGCGAACAAACCCUUCUGGAGUUGUAUCCCUACGCGGCAUGUCGGCAUGGAGACCGACAGCGCCUCGACUUUCAACGCAAAGCCCCCCCCAUUGAAUUCCGAUCAGCUAAACUAUCUCAUAUGGAGGUACCUUCAAGAAUCGGGCUAUGCCGACGCCGCUGUUAAAUUACAGCGCGACUGGAAAGUCGACGCAGAAAACCUUUCGUUCGCAAAGAACAUCAAAGGCCAUGCGCUGGUCCAUUUGGUCCAAAAGGGACUUCGGUACCACCACCUAUCAUUAACCAUUGAUGAGGUAUUCCCACCCAUGACUCGGCCCAUGCAGGUGUUGGGCGCUAAUCCCAGUUCAGAAUGGCCGACCUUCGAAACAACUCAACCCGGCCAUGUUUUUCUUUGGCCCAGAAAGCAACGAACCACCCCCAGAGCUACGUGAAGAGUCGAUACCAGCCCCGUCGCCCGCCCCAUCGAGUAGUACCGCUCGAAGGGGAGGGCGAGAAAGCGUUCCCAACGGCUUUCCUGACAAUGUAGCUCCUGCAGCACCAAAGCGAGGUCGAAAGACAGCAGCAGGCUCAGAGCGCAAUGGAAGCGUUGCGCGCAAACCGUCCGGCACUGCUAAUCAUGCUGGGCUAGAUGCUGAGAUGGCGAAUGGUCAUCCGGCCUCAAUUGCAGAUGCGAGGUCGCCGACCGCUACUGAGGGGGGAGCCGACGAGAAUGGCACACUGCCAAACGGCGAUCGAAUGGAUAUUGACGAGGACUCAUUGAAUGCGGACCAUCAACACCACGACGCCAACCCCCAACCUGUAGCGCCACUCAUACAUACCCUGACCAACGGAGCGAGCAUAGGAGUCCAGGUCGCGCCUGCAAAGGUAGCAAAUCUGACACCUUUAACCACCUACCUGUCAACACAGGAAAGUGUAUCCACGGCGGCUACGAAACACCUGACAAGGGUGGCUUGGCGGGCCGCAGAUAGCAAUGUUGUGACCGCUAUUGGGGAUGACUUUUGUGGCGUCUGGAACUUGGGCAAUCAUCUUCUUGGGUCCAAGCAACAACCUCCCUUCCAGGAGCUCAUGGAAUCAUCUGAAUCUACCAUUGUCAGCGCCGUUGCAUGGGAGCCAAACGGAGAGAUGCUCGCGAUCGCAACCUACAGCAAUCAAGCUGGCCAAAUACACCUGUUUGACGGACAGGAGCUUGCUCUGAUGGAGACCUUACCAGCCUCACAACGGGCCAUAACCUCGUUGCGGUGGCAAGGCCAGGGUUUACGUCUCUUGGGAGUCGCACCAUACGAAUCAGAGUCUUCGGACUCCCCCCAACACGCUGGCUCAUCAAUCCUACUUUGGGACCUAUCCCGGUCUCCUAACUUUACUGGCCCCUUGUCGGUAUCAGUACCAGAAGUACUCGUCGAUAUGGACUGCGCAUUGUUCAACGGAAAUGGCGUCGUAUGUGCAACUGGUCAACGCGCAGUGUACUUCUGUUACGCAUUUUCUGACCUCGUGCUGGAGAAAAAAUGGACCUCAGAUGCAACUGAGGACGAGUCAUGGACAUUUAUCAGAUGCGCCUGGCACGAGUCUUCAGUAGCGACGCUGGUCGCUGCCUCUGCCGAGACAGGUUCCAUAUGGCUGCCGGUCCAGGGUUUGGUCAAGAAAGGAGCCCAUGAAGCAGCAAUUACGGGUUUAGAGCUUCGACCUCGACUGGCCAGUACCAGUCCCGCCUUGAAACAAGACUUUGCCACCUCAUCCAUGGAUGGCACCGUCAAGGUGUGGCGCUGGGAUCAAGAAAGCAACUCGAUUAUGUCCAUCUGCAAACUCGUAAUAGGCUAUGCUUCGCCUGUCAUGGCAUUGUCCUAUUCUCCGGAUGGCUUCUGUCUAAGCGGCGCGAGCUAUGAUACUAUUCGCAUUUGGAACGCUGAACACGCCUACAAUCACAUGGCAACGUGGAAAGGAGAGGCAGAAGCAUGGAACGGCGCACGACUUAGAGACGACGACAUGGUCAGCGUUGGUGGUGCUUCGAGUGUUAAUGGCGAUACGAUUCAGGCCAACACUGACCAUUCGUUGAGCUGGGACGUUGACAGCAAAAAGCUAGCAUUUGGACUAGGUGUUCAGGUUGCCGUGAUCAACUUCCAACGUUGACCUCUCGAACCGCACAGCGAUCUUCUCAGAUUUCAUGUGAAGACCCUGCAUCCCGCCGCAACACUUUGGCGAUUAACCUAGGCCCUAACGCGCAUAUCACAUAUCACGAACCACAAAAGCUGGAGUUAGGUCUCCAACGGAUUAAAGAUAACAUUUGGAGGCAGUCAACCAGCGCACGCUCAAAAUCACCCCAUUCGUCAUCACUAAAGUCGGAAUUGCUCUUCCGCGCCUUCCGCGGUGAAGGCUUUGAGUACUUCAACGCUUGCAGCUCCUCCUCGACAUCUCGAAAUCCUCGAAGCCAGGCAGUUACACCCUCGUGUAAAGCCUUUGCAUCUGGCGCACCAUCUUGACCAUGUCUCGGUGAGGCUUCAGAGGGUUCACCCGCGUAAUAUCGACCACGGAACCUGCCACGACCUCGUGUUACGACCUGUCGCACACUGCGACUGGGGGUCGGUGAAGUAUUAAUCCAUCCUUCCAAACCGGAGACCGCGCUUGACAUGGCAUUGACAGCGACAUCUUUUUUCGCCGAUUCUGUGUGAGCUUGGUUGAGCUCUGAAUGCAUGCGGUCAUUUUGUUGCCUCAAAAGGUGAUUUUCAUGCUGCAGCAUGGUCAUAUUCUCGGCAUAUUCUCGCAGUUGCCUGUCCUGGCUUGAGCAUCGCUGCGCAACCGCUUCCAGCUUUUGGACAGUGAGUUGAUGUAGAUGCCUUUGCUCUUGGUGGCGCAUACGCAUGGCUUCGACGGUAGCUGCCAGCCUCAAUCGAACGGCCUCAAGGUCUUGGUCCGAAGCAGUCUGAUGAUCUUCUUCUAUUGGCACCGCGGGUUGCGGUGUAGUCGUCUCCGAUCCUCUUCCUUCCGACAGAUCAUCCUCCAGCACGACCUCGAUAUCACGCAUUGCUUGCUCAAGUUUUCUCCUUUUUUCACCGCGGAUCUCACCAUCCUGUUCAUUGGCCCAUAUUUCCGAUACAAGACCAUUGAGACGCGUCGCAAGGUCGGGAAGAGGAGGAGUUUCAGACAGCUUUGCGAAUGGAGGGGGUUUAUCGGGUUGACCAGGAGUGUUCGCCCCAACGCUGAUAGCAGAAUCGGCGAAGAGUGAAUUACUAGUCCACGCCGAACUGGGACGACUUGGAGUGGUGGGUGUGGUGCGAUCCAUCGACAGACAAAUUUAACAGUAUGUAAAUGAAUGAAUAAUCAGUCCAUAUGCUACAACCUGUUAUGAGGCCAUGUGGUCAGUGACAGCAAGUGAAGAGUGAAUAGGACAUC